UUGCAGUGAAGAUGAGACAAAGAAGCCAAGGGAAGGCUGGAGGACUGUAGCCACUUUAAUAGAAAAAAGGUCCAAAAACAUUGGCCGUUACAGCCAAAACGGGUGUAACGUAUUAAGCCAACGAUAUUUUAAUUCCGUUAUUAUAUGAUUUACUUUGUUCCGCACGUGUUACACCGUAAUUGUCUAGGAAAAAACGUCAAGCAUUGACCAUGCCCAGUAGCACAUCUUUGUUGGAGAACGAGGAAACGGAGCCUGAGCUCCCGCCACUAGUCCAAACAUUUGCCGGCAUGGGCAUCGAUGACCACCUCGCUCAAAGCCAAACUGAACAGCCAACCCUUCCUCAUCCAUGUCGGACCUCGCCUUUCAGCUUGCUAGGAGCUGUUUUGGAUCUUCAGCCUUUACCGCUCAACCAAGCUGGAACGGAGGAGGACGACGAAGAGAAAUCAGACGAAGAGGCACUAAAUGAGAAUGAAUCUGUGAACCAUUCACUGCUCGCACAGGCCCAUGUCUCAGGGCUAGGGUCUGUCAUGCUCCCAGGACAUGAGGCCCAAGAGCCAGUCGUCCUCUACAGUGAUGGGCUUGACGAUUCAUCUGCUCAGCCGGUUCCUGGGAUGAUAAUACCGUAUGGGGAACCUGGAUAUGAACCACCUCUGAUUAAUAUGAGAAGAAAGAGCGUCAAUACCAAGGAAUGUGUCGAGGUGCCUAGUUCUGAGCACGUAGCUGAAAUUGUCGGCCGACAGGGUUGCAAAAUCAAGGCUUUGAGGGCAAAGACCAACACCUACAUCAAAACACCAGUGAGAGGGGAGGAGCCAGUAUUUGUAGUUACAGGCCGGAAAGAAGAUGUGGCCAUGGCUAAGAGAGAGAUCCUCUCAGCUGCUGAGCAUUUUUCCCACAUCCGAGCCUCCCGGAACAAGGCAGGACCGUUAACUACCGCCGCACCUGGUCUGUCAGGUGCCCCCACCUUACCUGGCCAAACCACCAUCCAGGUUCGUGUGCCAUACCGUGUAGUGGGUCUGGUUGUGGGGCCUAAAGGUGCUACCAUAAAGCGAAUUCAACAGCAGACUCACACCUACAUUGUCACACCCAGUCGCGACAAAGAGCCUGUGUUUGAGGUCACAGGAAUGCCUGAGAAUGUUGACCGAGCUCGCGAAGAGAUAGAAGCACACAUUGCCCUGCGCACAGGCAGCUGCGUUGAUAUGAGCACAGAUGACAACGAUUUUCACUGCAACGGUACCGACGUCGGCUUUGAAACGGCCGCCCACGGGGCAUGGCUCCACUCAAACACAGCCCUGCCAAGCGGAGUCCACCGGGGAACCGGCAAUGGCUCAGCCCGCAUCACCGCCAGCUAUCGCAAUGACAGCUCGAGCUCCCUCGGCAGUGGCUCCUCCGACUCGUUCUACAGUGGUGGAGGAAACCGCAUGGCUGACUUCAGUCCCACAAGUCCAUUCAACAGCAACAGCAGCAGCAGCAGCAGCGGAGGUGGGGGUGGAGGUGGUGGUGGUAGCUUCUGGUUUGGGGAGUCCUCCAUGCUCCCUGCAGGGUCUGAGGACCUGGCUGGGCUGGAUCCCCCAGGCUUCGACAGUCUUCCCCUAGCGACAGCGGCGCCCUUGGUCAAUCCCGUGCCGAUGGUGUGGAACCCCUUCGAGCAGGGCAUCCAUCUCUUCGAUGCCCGCGCCCCCUCGUUCCGCGACAGCCAGCCAGGGACCCCGCGCCUCUCACCCACCUUUCAGGAAGCCCUGGAGCACCCCAUGGCCCAGUUUGUGCAGAGCGGCUACCUCAGCUCGGAUGCACACAAGUUCCCCAACUACGGCCCUGCCUUCUCAUCCUCCAGCGACAGCACCACCUCCAACUCCCCUCCCGACCACCAGUUCUGUGGUCCAACCUCUCGAGGAGGUGGCCACUACUCGCUUCCAAGAGAGUGACGCCCAUCGUCACUGCCCCAUGUUCGACCGGCCCUGGGCACCCCGGUCUUUCCAGAGUAGUAUGCACUCACAGUAUUCUACACAGUGCAUAUCCCAUUUGCAUUUGUGUACCAGACCCAGGCUGUCAAGCUAGGUAGCAUUUGAGCUGAUCUGAGGUGUGAGAAGGGAGGUCCAUGGGGUGAGGGGGGAGCAUGUGUACUACUUGAUGUAAUGUUUGGGACUGGUCCUUAGGAUGUAGCUGGUAGUUAGA